AUGUAUGUAACAAGGCCGCUUUCUCUGUACAAGGAAAACCCUGAGGCUUUAAAGGUACCCCCACCAGAGGGCCCUUACUCGGGGUACCUCCUCAUCCACGAUGCUGAUCAAGGAGAAGAGGAGGCCGCGAGGUCCAGACAGAGUUGGCUGCAGGCCUUGUUCAAGGACAAGACCAAGUGUAGGACAUUGCCCUUCCCUCAGGACAAGCUGCUCAAGGUUGAGGACGCAACGGGGUCCAGUAGCAUCACGAACAAAGCGUCCUUCAUCCCCGUUCUCGGUCAGCCCUUGUCCUCCAACCUCUACUACGUUGUCAAAGCUGAUGGUCUCGACAAAGGGUUGGUCUAUACUUGUUCAACAGAAGAAGAUACUACAACCACCUGCCUCUGUACAUGUAUAAACGAUGUGGAGCCUAUCCGUUUCCGUUCCAGAAACAUCUACCAGCAGAUGAAGAUAAUAAAACGCCUGCAUGGGGGUUUUAGAGCAGAAUCUACAGUCUCGCACGGCUUUCCUCCCCGAUUUCUGCGCGUCGAACGAUGGUGUGCUCGUACCUCAGACUUGCCAGGAAAGAGGAAACUAGCGCAUGUUGAUGGUCUCAAUGUUCAUCUUAGAUCAAAGACUCCGGAUUUUGACUUUCCAAUGUCUCAAAAGAUCUCAAGCGCAAUCACAGUGGGAGAGUGGUAUUGCCCCUUCCUGUUCAUUAGGGAAAUUGGUGGUCUGGAGAAUCCGGAGAGCCAAAUGAAAGAGAGUUUAUUUUACAGUAUGAGACUUGAGCAACAAUGGGUGGAAAUUUUCAGUGCUGAGAACUACCACAGAAGCGUGUAUGUACCAGUGAGGACUAGUUUCAGAAAGGAAGAAGCAUUGAUUGGUGAAGGCAGAUAUAUAGUCAAUGAAUCGGAUGUGACAGACGGAAUGCUAGUUCUGAAAGGGUGGAAUGGAUGUGGAACGAUAGUUGGUGUAGGUUUGAGUGAAGAGAUCGUAGAGAAAAUGAGGAAUGAGCAGGGGGGAGGAGGACAGGGGGAAGAUCAAGUGAGUGUGAAGAUGGUGUUUGAAUGUGAGAACAAUGGCUGGAUGAAGUUUGGUUGCUAUGUUCUGGAGGAAAGAUAUGUACUGAGGAGGAUGGAUGGAACUGUAGUGCUCACUUAUAUUUUUAGAGAUCCGCAUCAAAUCAAACCCAAGUGGGAGUGAGACCUUGUAAA